GUGGUGGCCAGUGAAAGCAUGAUAUUCGUGUUCGAGUUCAUCUCAAAACCUUUCGCUUAUUCACCGAAGGGGAUUUUUUUCUCGACCUUUUUCCAUUCUUCGAGUUUGGUAGACGGGAUUUUUUGUAGAACGGCUCCAUUGACGGCGGCAAAUAGAGUAGCCAGCUUUAAGAACCUAUCCUCGCUUCCAUGGCCGUUGAAGGAGACACUAUCGAAAGGAUUUACAAAGGAACAUGAUGGUGGGUAAUUUCAGUCUUAUCGGUUAAAGAGAAAAAUCGGAGAGCGAUUCUGCCUCGAUCUCCGAUGACCCAUCAUGGCGGAUCCAUUUCUGGGCAUCUUCGAUGGAGUCAAUAACGGCUUGGACGAGUUAGGUCUUGGAUCAACGCUCGGCUCAAAUGGAAGCCAAGGAGGACAGAUGCAAGAAAGGCUGCAGCAUUCUGCGUCUUUUGGAGGAUUUCAGGCACAAUCACCGUCAAACUCGAAUCAACCAAAGCUUCAACAUUUCGAUGAACGGUCAUCCGCGUCACCAUUUUUACCGCCCUCGCAGAAACUUCAGCACUUUAACGAUCCGUUAUUGUCGUCAUCACCGCAACGAUUUCAUUCUCUGCAGUCGUCUUCCCAACAACAGUUUGGCGAAUUUCGUCCACCAUCGCAGAUAAACAUGUGUUGGCCGCGUGGCCAAACGUCACGAAGCUCUCCUAAUUAUACUGGAUUUUCACAGGCAUCUGAACAAUCACCGUUUCGACAGCCAUUUGGGUAUGGGUUUCCGCGGUCGUCAUCUCCGAGACUUCAACAUUUUGCGAAUCAAUCUCCCAUGAAUUCCUCUCCAGAUAUCUUCCCAUCUGGGGCUUCACAAUCUCCUAGACUUCAGCACCCAAAUCAGUCACCUUCGCUUCCUUAUUCAGGUUCUUCUCCUAAGGGUACAAGCCCUAAGACGAUGGAGUCAAAUCAGCAGCAAAAGCAGAAGCAAAUUAGUCCACAGCAAGCCCUCUUUAGACAUCUUCAAGGUUCAGAAGGGAACCAGCAGCAAGUAGAACUAGGGGGCCAAGGUCGUUUACAGCACUUGGUAUCUGGUAAUACCGUGGAUUUGGAUCAUAAUAAAUCUUCACUUCCUGGAGCAGCUGGGGAUGGAAAUUUCCCUUAUAAUCCUUUUCAAGGUGGACCUAGACCACCCAUGGGUAUGCAUCAAAAUUCUCCCCAGUCAAAUUACAACUCACAACAGUUUCAAAAUCCACAGUAUGCUGCUUUCAAUGGAGGAGUUUCCAGUGGAGCUGAUCAAGAUAUGUUCAAUCCUGGGAACCAUAGUAAUAUGGCAACUCCUCAACAGCCAGGAUUUACUUUUACUAACUUACAAAUGUCAGACCCUCAGGACCUGAUGCAGGUAAAGACGUCAGCUAUCUUGCUUCAAAUGCAGCGGAUCCAGCAACAAAUUCAACAGAUGCGAGACAUGGGGCAGCCAUCUCAAAUGCAACAGCUGCAAUUUCAGUUCCAACGGCUUUAUCAGAUUUAUGCCAUGCAGCAGCAACAACGUGUGCAACCUAACUUUCAACCUCAAAACUAUGACCAAAUGAGGUUUAUUCAACAGCAAAGGCAACAGGAGAAGGCCAAUAGAAUUGCUGUGGAGGCCAUGGCCAAAGCAGCAUUACAGAAUAGUGAUGGAAGGUCCAUGAUGCCUGGGUUUCCACCAAUGUCAUCAGGCCAGCGAAUGAUGACAAAUCCUUCAGCAGUGAAUACAGGAGCAUUGGAUUUUUCUAGGCAUCCUAUGCCAGCAGACCCUAUCAGUCUGGGUCCUUCAAUCGUAUCUAAACCAGCACCAGUACGGAGCUCACAGACCUCAAGGCCCCCAGCCACUGUGUUGGCAAAACCAGCACCUAUACGAAGUAGGAAAGAUUCAUCUGAUGCCGAACCUUCGCCUCCCAAUUCUCCAAGUUAUUUAGAAGAAGAUCAUGCCUCCAACAUCACUCGACGAUCACUCAGAGAACGUAAGAAGAAGACUUACAAGGAUGACUUUGAUUACAACUUAUCCGAAGAGGAGGGAGAGAAAGAGACUGCUGAAGGUGGAGUGCCAGCUACAUUUCCAGGUGAUAGCACUGGUCAAGCCCAUAUACCAGUGGGACCCGAAGUGGAAGAGACAACUACAGUUGAAAAGAUAUUGGCCAUGAGAACAAAACAGGAUGAAGAAUUUGGAAGUUAUGAAGAAUUCUUAGUGAAGUUCAAGAACUACUCUUAUCUUCAUUGUGAAUGGGCAACAGCAGAAAAAUUGGCAAGAGGAGACAAAAGAAUACACAUGAAAAUAAAACGAUACAGAGCUAAGCAGCAAAACUCCAUGGCCUUUUUCAGUGAGCUUGAUGAGGAACCUUUUAAUCCUGAUUAUGUUGAAGUAGACAGAGUACUGGAUAUGUCCACAGGAGUUGAUCAAAACACUGGUGAGCCAAUCACCCACUACCUUGUUAAAUGGUGUUCACAACCUUAUGAAGAAAGUACUUGGGAAAUUGAGGCUGAUGUUGAUGAAACAAAAAUCAAGCAGUUCCACAAACUCAAGGAACAUCCGCCUAUGGCUCUAAGACAGUUCCGCCCUCGCCCAUACCCACAUGAGUGGUGCAAGAUGGCUGCAUCGCCAGUGUAUAAAGAAGGAAAUACGCUACGUGACUAUCAGCUUGAAGGUGUUAAUUGGCUCACCUUUUGCUGGUGUAACAGGCAAAAUUCCAUUCUAGCUGAUGAGAUGGGACUUGGAAAAACUAUUCAGUCCAUUUCAUUUCUGGUUGAGAUGCAGCGGUAUGGUGUCAGGGGUCCAUUCCUUGUAAUUGCACCUCUCUCUACAAUCUCCAACUGGCAAAGAGAAUUUGAGACUUGGAGUGACAUUAAUGCUGUUGUCUACCAUGGAAGUGCGUCAAGCCGUCAUUUGAUUCAAGAAUAUGAAUUUUACUUCAGAGAUGAACAUGGCCAACCCAUUCCAGGAUUGUACAAAUUUGAAGCAAUGGUAACAACAUAUGAAAUAAUCAUAGCUGACAACAUGCAACUGAGUGCAGUGCCUUGGAGAUGUGUGGUUAUUGACGAGGCUCAUCGUUUGAAGAACCGUAACUGCAAACUGCUGGAAGGACUUAACAACCUCAGCAUGGAACACCGAAUACUACUGACGGGAACCCCUUUGCAGAACAAUGUAGAUGAGUUGUUUAGUCUUUUGAACUUCCUGGAACCAGCACAGUUUCCUUCCCAGGUUGCCUUCCUUAUGGAGUUUGGUGACCUUAAAACUGAGGCUCAGGUUGAGAAACUCAAACAGCUUCUAAAGCCAAUGAUGUUGAGAAGACUUAAAGAAGAUGUUGAGAAAAACAUUGCACCCAAAGAAGAAACCAUCAUUGAGGUUGAACUUACCACCAUACAAAAGAAACUGUACAGGGCAAUUCUUGAGCGCAACUUUGCCUUUUUAAGCAAGGGAGCAACAUCCAGUGCAAAUGUACCAAACUUAAUGAACACCAUGAUGGAACUCCGCAAAUGCUGUAAUCACCCUUUCCUGAUCACUGGAGCUGAGGAGAAAGUGCUUGCUGAGCAUAACUUGUCAUUGGUUGAGAAGACAAUCAAGCAUGUAAACAUCAUGAUUGACGCUUCUGGAAAGCUGGUGCUUAUUCAUAAACUUCUACCAAAACUGAAAUCCAGUGGGCAUAAAGUCUUAGUUUUUUCGCAGAUGGUUCGUUGUCUUGACAUUUUGGAAGACUAUCUUGUUCACAUGAGGUAUCCUUAUGAGAGGAUAGAUGGGCGUGUGCGAGGAAACCUGCGUCAGGCAGCUAUCGACAGGUUCAGUAAGCCUGACUCUGAUCGUUUUGUGUUCUUGUUGUGUACCCGAGCUGGAGGUUUGGGAAUCAAUCUGACAGCAGCAGAUACUGUUAUCAUUUUUGAUUCUGACUGGAAUCCCCAGAACGACAUUCAAGCUCAGGCAAGAUGUCAUCGUAUUGGGCAGAGCAAGUCUGUCAAGGUUUACAGGCUCAUUACAAGGAACUCUUAUGAGCGUGAAAUGUUCGACAGGGCAAGCAUGAAAUUGGGUCUGGAUAAAGCUGUUUUACAGUCCAUGAAUACCAAGGAGAAUGCAAGCAAUAAUCAAUCAUUGUCUAAAAGAGAAAUUGAAGACUUGCUGAGAAAAGGUGCCUAUGGUGCAAUCAUGGAAGAAGAAAAUGAUGACAGCUCCAAAUUCUGUGAAGAAGAUAUAGACCAAAUUCUUGAACGCCGCACACAAGUUAUCCAAAUUGAGUCUCAGGGGAAGGGAUCAACUUUUGCCAAGGCAAGCUUUGUGUCAUCCAAGGGUGAAGAGGACAUUGACAUUGAUGAUCCUGACUUUUGGCAAAAGUGGGCUAAGAAGGCAGAAUUAGACGUUGAUCUCAUGAACAAGGACAAUCGUAUUAUUGAUGCACCUCGGCAAAGGAAGCAGACUAAGCGAUAUGGCAAUGAAGAUGGGGAUUUUGAACUGUCAGACUUGGACCUUGAAGAAGAUGAUGAAGCACCUUUGCCAAGGAGAUCAUCCUGGACUAGGGUAGAAUGUUUCAGAGUGGAAAAGAACUUGCUUAUUUAUGGCUGGGGUCAGUGGAAAGAUAUUAUUUCUUCAGGAAGAUUCAAAACAAAGGUCUCUGAAAGAGAUGUCGAAGCCAUUUCACGCACAAUACUAGUCUACUGCCUCCACCACUACAAAGGAGAUGAGAAAGUGAAGUGCUUUAUCAGAGACCUUGUCAAAGCUUCUGUUACACGGGAAAGACUUCCUAGUGAGGAGCGAGAUGCCACAUACACACCCUUACCAUUGACUGGCAAGACAAAGACAAGGAAUAAGAAAGGAAAGAGUUCCAACAAGAACAAAAGUGCCAUUGCCCUUCUUGAAGUUGGCAGUGAGUGGCGCACAUGCGACCCAGAGAGCAUCAUAUUGGAUGAGGGUUAUAAGAAACAUUUGCAACACCACUGUAAUAAGAUUCUGCUGCGUGUCAAGCUGCUUUACUUCCUAAGACAUGAAGUGAUUGGAAAACUUGGACCAAAGAUAAAGGAGGGGUGCAAUGCAAGUGAGUUAGACAUAACCAUUUACCCCCCUGAAGGAGAUCCCCCAGCCAAUUGGUGGGAUGAAGAGUGUGAUAAGUCACUUCUAGUGGGAGUCUACAAGUAUGGGUAUGAGCAUUACAAGACAAUGAGAGCAGAUCCUAGCUUGUGUUUUCUCUCAAGAGUUGGCCUUCCUAAUAAUAUGAAUGAAUCUAUGACUGGUGAACCUACUGAUCCAGAUGAUAGAGAUGAGGAUGAUGGUGAUGCUAACGAUGACCCAGACUAUCAGCAACCAUCCAGUCUGUCGCAGAAAGAUGAUGACAAUGAUGAUGACGAAGAUGACAAGGACACUGUGUCCGCUGUAUCUUCACCUGGCACUCCGCGUAAAGCAGACAAGACCUAUGAUGCGGCUGCAGGUGAAGUUAGGGGCAGUACACGUCUACGGUGGCCGACAUCAUCUGAUUUGAACACAAGGUUGAGGAGAAUCAUUGCAGGUUAUCAGAGAGUAGUGAAAAAGCAGGAGCUGAAGAAAGCAGCAGCCGAAAAGGAACGGGAAAGAAAGGAGAGAUUUGAAGAGGCUGUCAGGCAAAAAGAAUUGAAGAAAGCUGAAAUGGCUCAAAAGUGGUCAAAGCGAGAAGAGGUGGACUUUUAUCGCACAGUGUCCACGUUUGGUGUGGAGUUUAAUAAGAAGGAUGGAACUUAUGACUGGUCACGAUUCAGACGUUUAGCUCGUUUGGACAAGAAGAAUGACGAGAGGUUGACACAAUACUACCUUGACUUCAUGGCCAUGUGUAGAAGAGUUUGUGGCCAAGCUACAGAGGAAGAUGCUGGAAAAGGUACAGGUGUGGAAGCUAUUUCAGAAGAACGAGCCAGUAGAAGUCUUUACAGAAUACAGCUGCUCUCAAAGAUCCGAGAGGAGGUUCUGCCUCACGAGAAGCUAGACGAACGCCUUCAGCUGGCUCAGCCUUCUUCCAGUUUCCCUGACUGGUGGCAGUGCGGCAAACACGACAAAGACUUGUUACUUGGGGUGGCAAAACAUGGGAUCAGUAGAACAGAUUUUAAUCUGCUGAGUGAUGCUGAACUGUCAUUUAUGGAAGUUAUUUCCAAGUUACCUUCAAAUCCCGGAGGCCUACUCGUGAACAAAGUUCCUGGAGAUGAGAAAACACCAUCCCCAGCAGGAGGUAUGAAGACAGAAUCUUCACUUCCAUUUGAUCGCUUCUCACCUCUCGAAAAUGAUCUAGGGGAUGGACAAGGUGACCAGCCAAUGAAAAGCUUGUCUCAGCAGCUACCUGAUUAUGGAACACCAUCCGAAGAAGUGCUGUCAUCACCCAGCGAGAAGUUGCCUAAACCUCCUCCCCCCGAAUCAACAGCACUAAGCUCGCCUUCAGUGAAACCUGACCCAGACGCUUCAGUGACUAUGUCCUACGGGUCAGUAUCCUCUGACCAAGAUUCAGCAGCUCUUGCUCAGGGGCAGAGAAUUGUCAAAGACGCUGCACCAUCAUUAGUUGUGGAACCUAAAAUUGAGGACAUGGAGGAAUCCAGCAGGCAGAACACCCCUACUCCUACUCAACUAAAUCCAGGGGCAGGCCAAGAUGAGGAGUCACAACUGAGCUUCAACCAAGACAACCAGUCCAGCGACACUUCCCUUUUCUCUGUUAGGUGGCCCAAGGACAAAGUCGUUAUCCAGCGUCUGGAUCAGCUCUGUGAGUGUGUGUUGAAAGGCGAAUGGCCUAUUGUAAGUAAAGUGGCAGACGCCUUACUUCAGAAUCAGUUGGCAGCAAAUUCACCUAUGUCUUCAGGGUACCCGGGUAUAGCAGAUGUUGAUAUGGCUUCAUUGCCACCUGGGUUUGCUGUUGGUGAGGAUGGAGUGCCAGAAGACCCCUCCAAAGCAUUUAAACUUAAGAGGCUUGAUGGCUUAAAGCUUACCUUCAAGAAGAACAGGAGAAAAAGGAAAAGAGAUGCAGAGAUGAGUGAAGGCCUCGGAGAGGAUGGAGGACCAGGUCUUCCGGAGCCAGGUUAUAGAAAAAUGCCCGCUCAAGUUCACGAUGGGGAAUGGAACGAAGGCGUGAUGAACUUGGAGGCCCAAGGCCACGACUUCAGGUGGGAUGCCGCUCCCAUUGGUGUGAAACCUCCCAGGAAAAAGAGGGCUUCCAAGAAAGAAAAAGGAGAGAAGCCCGAAAAGCCACCUGGGAAAAAACGAGGGAGGAAACCUAAAACCGAUAAGCUCGGAUCUGCGGGCAGAUUGGCCGACACUGGUGGUGUAGCAAUCCCACCUGAAGGCGCUGCCCUAGAGUGGACUGGGUUCUCUCUCUCGGGUAGAGUGGAAGGAGACAUCAACCGAGUGUCUGUGAUAGAGGAAACCAAUGCUGGCCACGGGAGAACUGCUCUUCCAAAAUCACCCCAUGAAAGUGGAGCCAAACCUGCCUUCUCGACUUUUGCCGAAGAGUACAAGAACUCGUCGGGUUUAGAAAGUGACUCUCUUGGCACAAGCGGACAGGACGAUACCGUCAUCGUUAUUGACAGAGAAACAGGACGAAAGUUGGUAGGAAAUGUAGCGCCAAAGCUGUCGAACCUUGUGGAGUGGUUGCAGCUCAAUACCAGUUACGACGUUGCUGAAGAGUCUGUAGCAUUUGUGCGUAGCAAGGGUAUUCUACCUUCAUCUCUGCUAAACAGAUUGUCCUCCGAUAAGAAGUCUAAGCCUACCACACCCAAAGCAUCUGGAGCGCAAUCGUCACAUCACUUACCUGGAUCCUACAAUGACAUGAACUACGGUGCUUCGGUGCCUAAAUCUCAGUUUGAUUCAUCUUCGUCAACGUCUUUGACCUCAACAGCCAAAUCGGACUCUCACAACGAACCUGCCCGGGCCGCAUUUCCUUACGACUCUUCCCACUUUGGAAACUUUUCGCAUGCCAUGCCGUUUGGCCCAUUCGGUCACAUGCCGCCUUAUUACGCUUCUUAUGGGAUGGGUAUGGCGCCAAAUUCUCAAGGAAGCACUGCGUUUGGUGGCGACAGUGCUGUGUCGAAGCCGGCGCAGUCUCCAGUUAGUCCGAGUCGUUCGUCAGCGCAUGUCGCUUUUAAUAACUCAUCAUACUCGUCACUUUACGCAGGACAACAGCUUGGAAGUGGAACACAGGGAUACCCAUCUAAUGCUUUUUCGUAUCAACUUUUGAACAAUGGUAAUCAUCCUACGGCAUCUUCGCUGUCGCCAAAGGGAGAUUUAUUAGCUGACAAUGCAAGCCACGGUUCCUCCAGUAUGGGGAGCGACGUCUCCUCGCAAAGCAGCCCAGAGCAUGACUGAUUUAAGUGCGUUAUUUUAUCUGGGGAGGUUUUUGCAGCUUUUAAACAUAUCGCAAGGCUAUGCCAACGGUUAGACUACUGUGAAUUAAAGCCUAACCUUAAUAGUAACUUCAGGUGUUUCUUAAAUUGCUUUAAAUGGUUGCGAUAAUAAGUAUAGGGAAGGCCUUUGUAUCGUUUAUCGUAGCAUAAGAAUUUGUAGCUAUUAAUGAGCGGUAAAUAAGUUGUCAUUAUGCAAAUUCAGCUGGACUUUUUCUGGUAACUUGGAGCGUUUUACACUCAAAUAAUGUACGUGAAUUUGCUUUGUGGUGUGAAAAUUAGGCUUAAAUCUUAUCUAAUCGACAGGGAAAGUCAAGAACGGAUCAAUGUUCGUUGCACAGCUGAAAGUUCGCAACUAUUGCUUGGAGACCGUCACAGCCGAAUUUACUGUAAAGAAAACACCUUGAAAUAAUACUUUAUCUUCACUACAUUCGUAAUUCGCUUUUCUUUUCUUUUUUGUUUGAUCUUUUGUGAGAAAGCGAGAGAGGUAGAGUUUGUUAAUCAUAUAAUUAUUCUUAUAUACAUAUGCAUGAUUUAUAGAAAUAUAUAGUAUACAAUCUUGCUACGCCUUUAGGCAUAUUGUACAUUUGAAUUGACCUAAGCAAAACAUCGGACGGUAAUUUUUAUAACAGCAGUCCUCUCUUCGUAAAAAACCGGAUAUCAGCUUUUUGGUCUCCUUAUCUACAGUGAAAGAAGAAAAAAAAAUUAUGGAAACCACUCGGAUACUGCAAUUGGUGAAAGAUUAAUAUAUUGUGUGGCCGACCUGGUAUUUAUUUUGUGAUCAGAAUACGUGCGCAACUUCUGUGCGUCUUUUUGUACUUUUUAUGGCCAACUUUACUCUUUUGUGGCUGACUAACUGUAAAAUGGAAUUCAAUCAAAUCAAGAAACUACCUCAGAGAACAGAAACUUAUUUAUUUUCACGAAUCAACUUAGAACUGUCUAGUAGAUGCUCUAAAUUCGUAUCUAAGUCCGGAAAUUGCCCAGUUGACUGCUUAGUGUUUUUGGUUUUCUUUUAGGUUUUCUUUUUGGUUUUCUUUUUUGCCACUAAAUAUACCAAGGCCUGCGAUCUAAAUGCAAGAGAAAGUUAAUACUUUAUAUUCUUGGUUAGAGCCUUUUCAGGGCAGUGUUGAAACCAAUGUGGUGUGAAUUGGCUUCGCUGUUCAAUGUACUGAACGCCUUCUUGAAAAUCAAAAUUAUGUGUUUGAAUGAGUUUAUUGCCUAGUUUAGUUUUUUUUUUGCCUUGUGUAAUCUUUUUUCCAUUGAACGGAGAGUGUUCCAGCUAUGGAAAGUUUUAAGGAAUGAUUUUUGUUAACUCACGCAGUAAGGUAAAGGAAAUAGAGAGCUCUUUCUCUAGAUGUUACAAUCAUUGUAGGACGUUAGCAUAGUAACGGUCUUUGUGGAAAGGGCGUGCUUGUAAAUGUUGUCUAGUUUUGAGUGGUUUUGAGGGUCGCCACCUCAGAACCUUGAUGACCCUGGACUGAUCAAGUUGUUUGGACCAGCAAAAUGAAAGCUGUUCUAACCUUUGUCUGUGUGAAUAUUCUAGUGGCUUUUAAAUGAAUCUUGAACUGACUGAGUUAAUUUUGAUAUAAACUUGUCUGUAUUUAAUGGACUGUAUUUAUUAAUUUGAAUGAAAUUUUUACAAAUAUUUUUAAUAAAUCUCUGCUGCUCUGGUGUCUCUUAACAGUCCUGACUCAA